GGUAAAUUCUGAUCAUGCACCUAUGCACCUUGCUCUCACACCAUCAUGUCCUCAACACUUCUUCAUCUAAUUUAUGUCCACGGCUUUCAAGGUACUUGAAGCUGAUAAUAAUGGCGCUUAAUGUAUCUCAGAUACGCUUCAGGAAACGAUACAACUUUCCAGGUACGCUUAGGCUAAGUCUAUGUGGGGAACCUACACCGGUGGACAAUCUGUUUGUAGUCUUUUCCGUCCCACCUGCAGAACUACCUUUCAGAACAUAUACCCCCUCACCUGAACUUUCAAGUACAAACUAGUCUAUAUCCGACCUAUAAGAGCCGCAAGCCGCUAUCAAACGCAACAGAAAAUUUCCUUGAAUGGCUCAAUACACAACCACCAGGGCCAGUCAUCCUGGUAGGACAUUCGAUGGGUGGCCUUCUGGUUGCCGAAGCCGCGACUGACCCUUCCAUCCUCAACAAGAAACCACGUAGAGUGGUUGGAAUGAUCGCCUUCGAUUGUCCAUACUUGGGUAUGCAUCCCCGUGUAGUAGUGACUGGCAUAGCCUCUCUGCUACCUAAAGGCGAGGAACACGGGAAGACUGAGAAAGAAAUGAAUAAUCAUCCCGAUGUCACGGUUGUCGACAAUGGAGUCACCGAUGACUGGGAGAAGUACAAGAACGCCCAUGACAAGAGAAAUGCAUCCGAGCUUUCCAUGAAUUCAACACCAGCGCCCGGUGAUAUAGAUAAGUCGCCUCCACGGCCGCAGAUACCAGCUGCUCAGGAGAGUUCGUCAUCCUUGGGAAUCGUGGGCCAUUCGUCCCCAUCGGGGUCCUUGGUCGAUCGCACCAUUAGUUUCGUAUCUUCUCAUGCAAAUGAUCCAUUGGUGAAAUGGAUCAAGAAACAUCAUGACGCCCCGAUUUCUGCUGGCAAACAAUGGACUACUGAAUAUUUUCAAUUCGGGUCAUGCAUGUUUGAUCCGACUGGUCUUACUGCGAGAUAUAAACGACUCGUAGCCUGGAACGGUUUCUGGGUUAACUAUUGGACUGUGACUUUACCGAAAAAGGAUUCAGAUGGGUCGUCUCCUCAACCCGACCACGUUCCUUCAAUGGAAUUAGAAACUGAGAAUGAUGUGGUUCUGUUAGAAACCGGGGUGGCAGAUAGUGUGUCGUUAGACUCGUCGACACAUAGCCCGCCUGUCCCUUUAUCGGAGGCGACAACUCCAUCACUGAACUCGCAAGGGUCCACAUCUCAAUUCAAUGACGGAAAUGAAAAGGAGCGGAAGAAAGCGGAAAAGGAACGCGAAAAGGAGCUGAAGAGGAUUCGGAAGGAACGGGAGAAGAAAGCAAAGAUCGCCGCUAAAGCUGCUGCGAAAGCAAACAAGGAGAGAACCGGCCGCCAUUUUGUCGUGUUGCCCACUGGGUUGGGUGCCGUUCUUGGCGGUGGUGACAAUUGGGAACAAAUCGUGAUUGGUGGCGUCGAAGACGAGGUUGCAGCUCAUUGUGGGAUGUUCAUUCCCGGCCAGAACCUGGACUAUGAAGGACUGGUUGAACGGGUAGGGAGACGAGUGAUAGACUGGUGCGAGAAACUAUGAAAUCUAAUAACCCUGUCCUGCUGUCACCGUCUAUCUUUUCUACCGGUGGCACGCCCAGCUGAUAGACGCACUAACAUUCAAUACAAACACUCGAGCAUCAAUUAGUGCGUUUGAUGGAUUCAAUACACGUCCAAGCAACUUCUAGAAUUAUGGAGGGCAACAGUAGGCAGCGAUGAUGAUGACGGGUGGAAAUUUCUCCGUAACUCAGGUACUUGUCUGGGCGUUUUGCACAUGUGCAUUACUUCCUAGCCUACAAUUAAGUGCAAGUUCUCCCUCGUCCGUUCCGCAUAAAUUUCUAUAUAAACCUUUC